AUGCCGGGUGUCCUGAGUUCCUGGCCUGAAUGGCAGGAAUACGAGCAUCAGUACGACCACAUACCGAAAGAUCCCGAUUUCGCAGCAGCUAAACAAGCCAUCGUUAGCGAGUAUGGCGAGGAAGCCCUUCGCGAAAGCUGGCUGCGCGUCUGUGAGGAUCUGAAGGCCAUCACUGACGAGAUCUCGGACAAGCGAAGCGGCAUUAUUCCUGUGCUGGACACCGAUAGUAUCUUGGACCAUGGCUUCACUGACGCAGAGGCGAGCGAAAUCAGAAGAGUCGGCUGUUUCAUCGCUAGACGAACGAUCCCAGCCAGCACAGUGGACAAGGCUUACCAGGACCUUCGGCAGUACGUGGCCGACAACCGCGAGCGUGUGCAAGGCUGGCCAAAGGAAACGCCUUCGAUGCUGAUGCUGUAUGAUUCGCCGACGCAGAUUGCGCUUCGGACCCACGACCGUCAGCUCCGCUUGCAGAGGCGGUUGAAUGCGCUUUGGCAUGAUGGCAGUAGUGAUGUGGCUACAGAGCCACUGCUGUAUUCGGACGGCGUUCGCGACCGGCCUCCGGGUCAGGCGUUUCUUGGUCUGGGCCCACAUAUUGACGCUGGUAGCCUUUGCCGAUGGGCAUGCCCUCAGUACAGGAUGGCAUACGCAGAAAUUCUUUCAGGGAUGCCAGAGAACCAUGAUGCUUUUGAUUUGCAGGUUCGUAGGAAUGCUCAGCAGACUCUCUUUCCAGGAACAGCGCACUCGAAGGUCUUUCGCUCGUUCCAGGGCUGGACAGCACUCACAAGAGCUGCUGCCUCCGAGGGUGCGAUCAUGUUAUAUCCGAAUGUCAAGGCUGCCAUCGCAUAUGUCAUGUUGCGUCCAUUCUUUGCGCCACCAAUGGACGCGGACGAGGUUAUGGAUGCAUCGAAGUGGACUUUCGAUCGCAAUGGGGCGUUCUUCCCGGGCACCACGAAGCCGGACAGUCAGAGACUGAGCCGGAUAUCGCAUCCUCAUCUGCGGCUGGAGGAAUGCUUGGUCCACAUCCCGGACAUGGCUGCUGGAGAUACAGUGUGGUGGCAUACAGACGUCUGCCACGCAGUUGAUCCAGAGCACAGAGGUCGGGAGAAUGCAUCUGUGGCAUAUAUUGCUGCGUGUCCGACGACAGACGUCAACAAGUCGUACAUCAAGGAGCAGCUGGAGGCUACCUUGUCGGGUCGUCCACCACCGGAUUAUGCUUCGGGUCUUGAGCUGGAUGAGAGGAGUUUCAUAGGCUACACAGGUCAUGUCGGAGUCAGCGAGCAGGCAAAAGCAGCGCUUGGAUACUACCUAUGA